UUGCUGCUGGUUGCAAGUUGCGGAUUCCUGAUAGUACCCUAAAGGCAUUUGGGUGAGAAGGUGGAUGGACACAAGUUUCUUCUUGUUCGGGCUGGCAGUGGAAGCUCCAGCGUAAAACAAAGGACUGUUUCUGGGUAAACAAUGCAGACUAUCAAGUGCGUAGUUGUUGGAGAUGGUGCUGUGGGGAAAACUUGCCUUCUCAUCAGCUAUACCACCAAUGCCUUCCCAGAAGAGUACAUCCCUACUGUAUUUGACAACUACAGUGCCCAAAUGACUGUUGAUGGCCGAACAGUUAGCCUGAAUCUGUGGGAUACUGCGGGCCAGGAGGAGUACGACCGCUUGCGCACGCUCUCCUACCCUCAAACCAAUGUCUUCGUCAUUUGUUUCUCCAUUGGUAGCCCCUCUUCCUAUGCAAAUGUGAGGCACAAAUGGCAUCCUGAAGUUUCUCACCAUUGUCCAAAUGUUCCCAUUCUUUUAGUGGGCACCAAGAGAGACUUGAGAAAUGACCUGGAAACAGUUAAAAAGUUGAAAGAGCAAAGCUUGGCUCCCACUACCCCCCAGCAGGGGACUUCUCUGGCUAAACAAAUUGGAGCAGUCAAAUAUUUGGAGUGCUCAGCAUUGAAUCAGGAGGGUGUUCGAGAGGUGUUUGCUGAAGCUGUGCGUGCAGUUCUGUAUCCUGUGACAAAGAAGAACACAAGAAAAUGUGUCUUACUCUAAUUGUCUUGGGUGAUGGAUGUUCAAAGUUGAAUAUUGACUAGUGUCUUGGAGGGCUCCUGAAUGAGUUAAAUUGAAAAUUUGCAUCUUGCACUAACAGCUCUAAGCAGAAAUGGUUUAUGCAAUGAGUAUUCUUGCAGUCUUACUGCUUCAGGGAAACAGAACUUUUUGGGUUUUGUUUUUUUCCUUCCUUUUUUUUUCUUUCCCCAGCUGA